AUGAAUGUCCAGGACUAUUAUACAGAUAGUGAUGACGAUUCGGAGUAUGAGUUAAGUGAUAAUUCGGAUAUGAGUGACUCUGACGAAACAUAUUCGGGGACCGAUGACGAUGAACUUGUCGAAAACGUGACCAUGGACGAAUGGCAAGUUUUAAGUGAUCCUUUUUUCGAUCAGGUUCCUAGAGCUACGCAAAAUUUUUCUUCUGAAUAUACUUUUCACCCCGCCAUUGAUAUGGAAGAGUGCAGAGAUCCAGUCAAUUGUUUCGAAUGUUUUUUAAGCCCAAAUAUCGUAGCGAAAUUAAGUGAGUGGACGAACAGAAGAGCUGAAAUGUACUUUGAACAAAAUACAAAUACAAGGACAGUUUAUGGCGUUCAGUGGAAGAAACUAGAAAAAGAAGAGAUGUACGUUUUCAUCGCGCUUCAUAUUCUUACUGGAUUAGUAAAGUGCCCUCGCAUAACAGAUUACCGGAGUAAUAAUAUUUUGUGCGCUGGUCCAAAAGUUAGUCUAUUAUGA